AUGAGUAAACGAAACUCGUCCGAAACGCAAGACGAUCGGCGCAAGAAGCCGCAGGAGUAUAUGAACGACUAUCUUUCUGACAAUAAUAACGAUACCCGGUCUCAACACUCAGCAAGGGAUUCCGGAUCUCAAGCGUCCAGAGACAAUGCCUCAUCGCAACCGAACAGCAACAACAACAACAACAACAACAACAACAACAACAACAACAACAACAACAAUAACGAUGACAGGUACAUUCCGUCCCGGGAUUUUGCACCCCAGCAUCGAAUCUCAGCUUCUGCGUCCUACAUUCCGCGGCCGAGAAGUGGAACCAACUCUGGUAGUAACAACGAGGACGGCAACUACUCUAAUACGCAGGUAGUGCCUAACACACAGCAGCCGUCAAGAUCUAACUCUGCAGCGCAUUCCACCGGCCACAGAAGUAGAGCCCAAAGCGCAGUGUCGAACUCCAACAUGAAUAUACGAUCGCUGCGGUCUAAUACAAAUACCUCAGGCAAUAAUAACGAGGAUGAAAUAGAACAACCUACCGCUACCGAAGACCCACGCGACUCGGAUGUUCCACUCAACAUCAAACCCAAGACGCUUUACCAGAACCCUCAGACCCCAACGGUUCUUCCUUCCACUUACCAUCCGAUCAACACAUGGACUACGCUGAAGCAAACGUACCUGAAGGAGUUUCUUGCGGAAUUCAUCGGUACGCUAGUGAUGAUUUUCUUUGGGUGUUCUGUUAUUUGCCAAGUGAGGACUGGUCAGCAGCAACAAAGGGUUGUGUUCCUCAAAGAAUUGGCGGGAUCUUCGGACAUCCCAGCAGAAAACAAGAUUUCACUUUUGCAGUAUCUCGUACCGGUUGAUGUAUCGGGUACGUUCGACGACAUCGCCCUUAUCUGGGGAGGUGCGGUUGUUAUGGGAUAUUUUGCUGCGGGUGGCCCUGCCCUUUCAGGUGGACAUUUGAACCCCGCUAUCACUUUGAGUAACUGUGUCUACAGAGGUUUUCCUUGGCGUAAAGUGCCCAUUUACUGGGCAGGUCAACUGCUUGGUGCUUAUGUCGGUGGUUUGGUGGUGUUCAUGUAUUACAUGCCCGUGAUUGAGUAUGUUUAUCCGGACUGGACCGGAAACUCGACUGUGUUGAGUAUGUUUUGCACAUAUCCCCUCGAUUACCUCACACCCUCUCGUCAAUUCGUAAGUGAAUUGGUAUCUGGUGCCAUUUUGCAAAUUUCAAUGUUCUCACUGACAGAUCCCUACACUUGUCUGAGAUCUGAUUUAUUUCCACUCAUGUUAUUCGUUCUGAUAUUUUGCUUGAUUGGUGCCAGUUCUUUGCAAACGGGUGCCGGGUUGAAUCCUGCUAGAGAUCUUGGCCCUCGUUUGGCUCUCGCGACUGUAGGUUAUGACGGCAGAAUUCUUUGGGCAGGUCACCAUCACUAUUUCUGGGUGCCCAUCGUGGCGCCAAUGGUUGGGGUUUUAUUGGGCGGUGGCAUCUAUGAUAUUUGCAUCUAUCAAGGUCACGAAUCGUUUUUGAACUGGCCAUGGUCGUUGGUUAAAAGCAAGAUCAAGCGUUUAUGGAUUUUCCGUCCUCGUUUUUACAGAAGAGAGAAGGAUAGCUCUACCGAUACCGAGAGUGAUUGGGAUUACGACAACGAGAGUGGUCAACAAAGUCAACACGAUUCAGAAUAUGAUGAAAGCCCAAAGACCGGUUUCUUCCCCGAAUCCGACGCACAAAUACAGAAACAGGUUCAAUUCAAGAGCAUGUCAAAGAAUUUCAACGGGAAGAGAAACCCGGUAUCAGGAAUUCCGACAAUUUUCGAAGAAGGUGGCGACGAUGAGGAAGAUGACGAGAAUGAUGUCGCUGAAUUACCAGCAGAUAACAAGCACCGCAGGCCCUCUUUGUCAAAGACUAAGACUCGGUCUAGCGAAGGCAAAUCUAAGCGAAGUUGA